AAACAAUGCUCCCGACCAACACGACAAGGUCUCUGACAGGAGGAGUUCCUCUCUCGGUGGACUUCGACAGUCCUGAGGACUAUUUCAUCUUUAUUUUCCAGCUUCUGUUCGCUACAACUACUGUUGUCGUAGCUGGAACAGUAGUCAUUGGUAUCUUGGCCACCAAAGCGCUGCGUCUCCAAAACAGAUUUAUUUUCAUGCUGAACACGAGUAUUUGUGACACACUAGUUGGCUUUUCAGUGUAUUAUCUGGGUCUGUUUGACGUUCAGGAGGGGUACCCGUCUAGAAACGGAACUUACAACGUUUUACCUUCACUUCUAGGGGUCAACAUUUUGACGUUUUUGUUCGCGCAAUUUGACCGCUACUUCGCCGUGUGCCACCCUUACAUCUACAGCCGCUUCAUAACAAGACAGUUGGUGAUAGGCAUCAACAUCUACUGCUGGGUUUACAACUCUGCUCAUUUGCUCGCCAGGAAUUUUAUUCCACUUUCCAAAGCGAUACAGAUGUACGUCUUCAGCAUCGUCUUGUUUCAGCUGAUCGUGCUGACAAAAGUGGUCAUGACCAUCAAACUGUAUGUUGUGGCCAGGUACCAGGUCGAGAGAGAUCCUCCCAGCGCCGAGAAAGAAAGCAAGAAAGAAUCGUUGAAAAUUAUCAUAUUCGUUGUCAUAAGCUUCCUGGUGUUGUGGUGCCCCUCUUUUGUUAAUAUCGUCGUUAGAUUUUUGAUGGGAGGAGGGCUGACUUUUAGGAACGAGGCCACCAACCUUUUCGCCAUCAUGGCUCGUUUCAACGCCGUGUGCACGCCGUCCGUGUAUAUCUGGGGGAGUCCGGCUCUGAGAGAAGCCAUGAAGAAGACAGUGUGGGGCAGACUGUGCCCACGAUGCAAGAAGAGGUAACAGUAGCAGGCUCUGCACGCACGGUUCAAUGCAUUCACGUGCACACGCACAUCUGUGAUAUUUCUCAUUUCCUUUCCUUUAGAGUCGGCUCCUGUAAUGGGAAGGUACCCCAAUAAUUACUGGAAAUAACAAGGACCAUGAAGACUGCACUGAUACAAUCUGCAUUAACAUCUGUGAUUUUUGACAGCUCGGUCCCUCUGCCUCUUUCUGUCUCCCUGAACGAUUUCGACCAAAACUUGACAUAAUUGCAAGCGGUUUUACACGUCAGUUAGCUGCUGUUUCGGUGGCAGUGCCAAACAGCUUUUUUUUUUUUUUUUUAAAGUUGUAUACCGCCCUAGUCAGAAAUGAGUGCUAAACAGAAGUUUAUAUUGGCAGCAGAGGCCGAUGAAACAUGAUUCAGAUUAAAAUUGAAAUAGCCUUCAGUAAAUUGUCCAAUCUGAUGAUGUCUGCUCGGCCGACAGAUUAACACGACCACAUGUAAUGAUUUAAUAAGCAUUAGAAAAAAUAAAAUGUUAUUUUUAUUAUUGAUGUUUCCAUUUUUGUUUGCAGUCAGAGUAAAGAUGCUCCAUUCUUGCCCGCUGCCCUGUCCACGGUGCGUGGUGCUGAAGAGAAUAGGUGUAUUUUCAAACAUGUUGAGUAAACGGUGCUGUUUUCCUGUAGCUGUAAAGUGAGUAACUGUAAAGUUUGAACACAUGCUACUUAAUAUUUCCCCAAGAGCUCGGUCAGCGAAGCGCAACUGAAACGUUUUUCGCGCAUCUAUUUUUCAAGAUUGUCCACAUGGAAUGAUGCAUCUUAAUAAUAUGCCCAUACCUUGAAACUAUUUACAGUUUUAUUUACAGUUUUAUUGUCGGUUUCUAGCCAGUCACUCGCCUCCUACGCGUCAUUCAAUCAUCUAUGAAAAUCAAUACAAAAUGAUUUCAUGGUUCAUUAUUAACAAGUCGCUGUGGUUUUUUAAAUCAAAAUAACAUUAAGGUACAUUUCGUGAAGAUCUUUAUCGUGGAUGAAACAUUUGCUGUAAAUGCUGAAUGGCUGAAUUCUACAAAGAGGCUUUCAAGCUUCCUCACAUAUAAAAGAAAAAGAACGGACACAUUAAACUAACUGAUGGAAAAUAACAGAAAAAGUAAUGAAAUGCCUCUGGAUUUAAUUCAUCCACUUGGAGCUGUGGGGAAGUCUAUGGAGGGUAUUUUCUUUGCUCAAAGGCACGUAGGGAACCAGUCCUACAGUCUAAAUUCUACUCCUCAGAAAACAAAAAGCAGUGGUUCAGAACCACGGUCAGCUCCACGCAAGUUAUCGUUAUUUACUUUCCACAAUGUGAUGAAAAAAGAAACGUGUAUCAAAUGCAAUUAUCUUUUAAAUAAUAAAUCAUUACAUGGGAAAAGAACAGACAGGGCGUCAUUAUUAUCGGUUUCUAGUCUGUCACUCGCCUCCUACGCGUCAUCCAAUCAUCUACGAAAAAACACUACAACUUUAAAACCACUGGAUCUGCAUAUAUGCAGCCAGUGUCGCAAUUCAGAGUCUCACAUCACGCUCAUCUCACCCUCUGAGCGUGGACGUUAACAGUCCGGGGCACUACUUUAUUUCUAUUUCCACAUUUCAACGCCUUGUCCAGGGCGAGCACCGUGGCGGUGGCCGGUUGUGUUGCGUGCGGUGUCACCACCACGCUGCCGAUCUUAAUACCAACCCGGCUUCUCUUCAUGCCCAACACGAGCACAUGUGACACCCUGCCCGGCGGCAGUAUUUUCUACAAAUAUCCCUUCACAAAGUGGGUGCGUCCCGUCUAAAAACGUUACCGAUUACAUUCUGCCUCCUUCCCUCUGGGUUAACACCGCGACGGUUUUAUUCCCCCAGUUCGACCGAUACGUCACCAUGUGCCACCCUUUCUCGCUUCAUCAGCAUUUCUCUGUUUAUCAUUAACAGUGUUUGAAUUAAAUAUGACCUUUUCAAGUAACUGCAUUAUUAAUAGGACAUCUGAACAAGGAAAAGAAUGAUGGUAUAGUCAAACCCACUCGAUAGUUUAAGAGGUAGAUGUAGUUAAACUGCUUCCUGUUAUUUAGCCUAUAGUCCACAGACUAAAAGAAGGUAGUCAAAAUAAUAGGAACACAUUCAAGAACAGCGCAAUACAAUUCAAUAGCACCACAAACCACAACCACCAGCCUCCAGACUGAAAACACAAAUGAAUCACCAGCUUUCAGUUGUUUUGAACACUAAUUGCCGUAAUCUUGAUGAAGAUAAGACUGCUAUAGUAAUGAACUGGCAAGAGAUUGUACUUAAAUUUGAAGACAUAUAAUAACAAACAUCUAAACAUGCACAUUUGUAUUUAUUUAUUUUUUAACUAAGCUGACGGCAACAUUAGGGUUUUAAUUAGGUAUAAAACCUGAAAAAAGCACCAAAAGGUUCCACUCAGUUUAUAAAGUAUACAUAUCAGCAACACCUGUAGCCUAAUUAGCGAUUACUACAUUUGCCUGUCUGAUAAAACAAUGUUUGGCUACUUCAUUCAAAUGUCCCUGAAACCGGUUUACAAUACAAACUUAACACUGGCACAGCACUAAGACAGGAUCUUAGGAUAUUAACAGUUUGUUUCGGUUGGCAUUAAUUCUCUUCGCAAAAGACAGAGUAGAAAUGUCUACAUGGAAAAUACCUGUGAUGUAAUUCGGGCUGAUAAAUAGGGGACUGAAGAUGGUUUUGGUAAACCUGGAAUUCUUUGAAAUUGCUCUAAAACUCCAAAGCUGCACAACUUUGAGAAAUCAACGGUUGAGAAUCAUGACUGAUGUGGUACUUUUUGGGUCAGUCUAAUACACAAAUCACAUGCUUUAUCCAUCUUCUUAGUUAGGAAUAAAUAAAUAAACAUGAUGCAGUAAGGCAGUAAAUGCAGACACGAUACUAAAAUCUUCUAUUUUCCAGAGACUGGAAGUGAUUUUUCUGAUAUUGCAGGGCUGCUGUUCACCGCUGCACAAAUACAGACUCCUCUUUUGAUUGUUGUUGUUGUAAUCACUGUUAAUAAUUAUUCUUGCUACCAAUGCAAUCUUCUCAGUUUUCAACAGACCACUUUGUUCACAAAGAAUGUAAAGAAUGCAAAAUACUGUGGCCAGUUUGUAAAUUUUAAGAGAACAAGUAAUACAGGAUCACCUACACUACCCGUUACUACUCUGAGCUUUACAAGAACUGCACUCCAGGUUACUCUGAGCAGGAAAACACAUUUAAACAAUUUAUGUCAUGUCUCUAAAAUAUAAUUAAAGGUUGUGUCUUCUUAUAUUGAGCAAGGCUGUUUUGUCUCCCUUCUCCUCUUGCUUAUAUGAACUGAUCUAAACACAUUCUCCUGGCACGGUGUUGAAAAUGUGCAUGUGUGCU